AUGCCACAGGUGCGGCGAGGCGGCAAGGCUCGCACCUUCACUGCCGCCAUCCUUCAUACGGGACGCCAACACUUUGACGUCCGGCUUCCCUUGAAAUUCUCGCUGGGCGCCACGGUAUGCUCGUAUGGCUUCGCAAUGUUGGCACCGAAUUCCUGGAAGCCGUACCGAAGCGGCAAAUGCGGACGACUCGGACACCGCGAUACAUCAGGCAGUGCGCAUCGCAAAGGAGAACUCCACAGGCCUCUCCACGUGGGUGGUCGAGCCAUGCAGGUCGUUCUCCGGCAGCCAAGCGCUCGGGUGCUGCAAGUCCGGCUUUGUGGUGCUCGCUUGUCCUCUGCAGCGGUGUCGGAGCUGCACCGCCAGGUUGUCAGAAUGCUCCGGCUGCGCCCCAGCGACGAAAUCACAGCCCAGACUUUUGCUCAAGGCAAUCCAGACCUUGCAAAACGUUCAGCGGGCGUGGGGCGGCUUUUUCGAUCACCUUCUGUCUUUGAAGAUAUUGUGAAAACCUUCACGCUCUGCAACUGCGGCUGGACGAGGACAAUUGCCAUGAACGAGAAGCUGUGCUUGCACUUUGGCGAGCAUGGUGCAUUCCCAACCCCAGCCGACUUGGCGGCUGUCACGCCGACCAGGUUGAAGAAGGCCUGUGGAGUCGGAUACCGAGCGGAAAGAAUCAUCAAGCUGGCGCGCUGCAUGCGAGAUGGCGGCCUGGAGCAGCUUUCCAAUCCUGAGUUGACUGUUGAGGACGCAAGGCAGAGCUGUGCUGGGAUAUUUGGCCUUGGCCCAUUUGGGGUUGCCAAUGCACUGCAGCUUUUGGGGCACUAUGAGGAUAUACCAGCUGAUAGUGAGACAACUCGACACCUACAGCAAGCUCGUGGAAAGCGAUGCACAAAUCAGAAUGUGUCUUCCGUGGCUCAAAAGGUCUACGGAGACUUUGCCCCAUUCCAAUUCCUGCGCUAUUGGACCGAGCUUUGGAUGACCUAUGAGGAUCGCAUGGAAGCACCUGCUUGGGCUGCUGACUCUGCAUCGUAUCGUUUGCUCACAGCUGUGCACAUGGAAGUGAGCCGACAGAAGUACAUUCGUGCCAAAAUCUGUGCUUCGCCUGAGACAUUAUAUUCGUUUCAGAUACUACUUCAACUGCCAAUUCAACACACCAACGACAGACAUAUGUAUUGA